AUGAGAUUGUCACUAGGUGAAAACAACAAUAUACAAGAACUCAGAAAUUUUGUAGAAUGGCUACUCAAAAUUGGUGAUGGUUUGGCUGGUGAUACAACAGAUGGUGAAUCGAUCGUUCAUAUACCAUCUGACAUUUUGAUUAAGAACUCUGAGACAGUUUUGGAUGACCUCAUUGAUUUCGUGUAUCCAAAUAUGUUUUCAUAUUUGUGGCAUAACUGUAAGGAUAGAGCAAUUCUUGCACCAACUUUGAAUUUUUGUGUCACUGAUGUCAACAACAAGAUGACUGCAGGGCUACCUGGACAAGAAAUAGUCUACUUAAAUUGUUCAGGUCUACCACCACACAAGUUGGUUUUGAAGGUUGGCGCUCCUGUUAUGUUGCUGCGGAAUAUAGACCAAACUAAUGGUUUGUGCAAUGGAACGAGGAUGCAAGUUAGAAGAAUGGGAAAUCAUGUGAUAGAAUGCAAGACUUUAACUGGUAACAAAGUUAGAAGUAUUAUUCUUAUCCCAAGAGUGAAUCUAAUUCCAAAUAAUGAAACAUUGCCGGUCAGGUUUCAAAGAAGACAAUUCCCAAUUAUCAUGUCAUUUGCAAUGAUAAUAAAUAAGUCCCAUGGACAAACUCUAUUGAAACUUCCAAGGCCAGUUUUCACCCAUGGUCAAUUGUAUGUUACGUUAUUAAGGGUAACGAGUAAAGAUGGUCUGCGAGUGCUGUUGCAAGAUCAUGGACACUUGGAAGAUAACUGCAUGAUGAAUGAGGUAUAUAGAGAAGUUUUUGAGAGCCUAUAA